AUGGCAGAGACCAGAGUGUUCCAUCUACUAGCCAACUUCGCACCCUUCCUCCAACAAGAGGCCCAUUUGUUGACCAGAGAUCGAAAUGAGAUCGAAUACAUAAGAGAUGAAUUCGAUCGCAUGAUGUCUUUUCUCAGAGUUGCCGAUGCCAUAGAAGAGAACGACCCUGAACUCAAAGUAUGGGUCAAGCAAGUGCGUGAAGCUGCUUAUGACAUUGGAGAUGUUCUCGACUUGUUCAUGCUUCGCCUUGGACAUUGUCAUGGCCAUGGAUUUUGCGGUUUUCUUCAUAAGGUUUCUUACUUUAUUGAGACUUCAAUAGCUCGUCACCAAACUGCUUCUGAAGUACAAAGAAUGAAGUCCAAAGUCAACAAUAUUUCGAAAGGACAUCAGAGGUACCAUGACAGAUACGGUAUGUUAGAGCAAGGCUCAAGCUCAAGGUCCACUGGUUUUAACAAAGCAUGGCAUGAUUGUCGCGGCGAUGCCCUUCUUCUCGAUGAAGCUGAGCUUGUGGGCAUCGAUGAACCCAAAUCACAACUAAUUAUGUGGUUGGUGCAUGAAGAUCCCAGACUCAAGGUGCUUUCCCUAUCAGGAAUGGGCAGAUUGGGCCAAACAACACUAGUUAAAAAGGUCUUUGAUGAUGCAGUUGUGAAGAAGCAUUUCCAGAACCAUGCUUGGAUCACUGUUUCUGAAUCAUUCAACAUCAAGGAACUCCUAAAAGGCAAGAUCCAACAACUUUUUGAAGAAGUCAGGCAACCUGUCCCACAAGGGGUGGAAUACAUGAAUACCAACAGCUUAAAAGGCUUAAAAGGGAUAAUUAAAACUUUCCUGCAACAAAAGAGAUAUUUGUUUCCUAUUGGAAAUUGUGGCAGUCGAGUAGUGCUGACAACCAGAAAUGCAGAUUUAGCUCUAGAAAACAUUUAUGGAAAAUCUUGCCCUUCAUAUUUGGAAGGGCUUUCAAGAGCUAUCUUGAAAAGAUGUGAGGGAUUGCCACUAGCAAUUGUGGCAAUUAGUGGUCUUUUAUCAACAAAGGAUAAGAGCAAUGUGGAUGAGUGGGAUAAGAUCAACCGCAGCCUUGGUGCAGAACUAGGAGGAAAUGACAAAUUCCUAAGAAUGAAGAAAAUAUUGUCACUCAGUUACCUUGAUUUACCUUACUAUCUAAAGUUCUGCUUUCUGUAUCUAAGUGUUUUUCCGGAGGAUUAUCUGAUUGAACAAGGGAGAUUGAUUCGAUUAUGGGUGGCAGAAGGCUUUGUACAAAUGUGUUGA